GGAAUGAGAAACUCUUCUGCAGCAUGGCUUUCAAGCACAAUAAAAUCAACUCUAUUGAUUGCUCCUGGAUACCAAAUCCUUCAUCACUACCCAUCAACAACACUGUUUAUUUAACAUGGGCCGAGACAACAGACUGUCGGAAGUGCACCACCACCUCUUCAGCUGUGCGCAUAAAAAAUUCUUAUUUGUUCACCAAUUGGCAAGCCUUUAUCUGGUUGUUCAAUGGGUCGUGCAUGGAACGCUUCUCCAUCAUAAUUCACAAAAGCUGCAACACCCCCAGCAUUAUGGAAAGUGAGCAUGUAUUCCAUACACUGAGAUUUAAAUUAGACAAUGUUGCAGAAAUGAGGUAUCGAGGGGCAAACUCAACUACGUGGCAUUAUAUAAAUGCAACGACACCCGAGUUUAACGUCUCGUUACCGGAACCCUGGCAGCCCGGGUCAUUCAUAGCUCAGCUAAGGUGUUCCCCUGCUUCUUGUUCAUACUGUGAAUGGGGACGAGAGACCACCGUGCCCCACAAGCUGACUGUUGCACCGAGUCUCACACUUACUGCUCAGAAAAUAUCUCCUGGGAAACAAAAAGUCUGCAUCGAGUGGAAGUUUGCACAAAGUGCCCACGCAGAUGAAUACAUUCUGAAAGUCCAGAGGGAACCAGCGAGCUGCAGAAACCGCUUUCUCUCCAUGAGCCUGCCCAGCACUGGGUUCCAGCACCAGCUCAAUCUUUCCAUGGCAUAUUUCAUAGUCUCUGUAUGUGCCAAAAAUAAAGCAGGGGAGUCGCCGACAGCUUCCUCCCUGGUCCCUCUUUUGCCAGCGCCGGAUCUGCCAGGGAAGAUUUUUGCCGCAGCUCAUGAAAACAGGAUUUUCCUCACAUGGACCCCCAAGUUUCUGGAUAACUUUUUUGUGGUGGAUUGGGGUACUGACCCCUUAUCAAUGGGCAACAAGAUAGAAAUGCAGCAAAUGGAAAAUUACUCACUCUCAGUCCCCAAAUCCACAAAGCCAUACACAAUAAAGAUACACUUGUAUGACAGGCAGACCUGUGGAGAUGUUACUCAGGAGACUACCUUUGGAAUAACUCACAUCUAUGGAGAAGAAGGAGUUCCUAGAACAGGGCCGGUGAAUAUCACCAUAAGGAAUAUAACGGCGCGCUCUGCGGCAAUUCAGUGGCACGAGAUACCCAAAGAGGAGCGGCUGGGAUUUCUGGUGGGAUACAGACUAUAUAUCACAGACGUAACCAGGAACCAAACUCUACAUAUCCUUGUGAAUGACCCGACCCAAAUGCACUACCAACUCACAGAACUCAGAAGCGGAAAUGAAUAUGAAGUAAGGAUCUCAGGAAGAACCAAGAAGGGAGAUGGGAUCCCAAGCACGGCCUAUGCCUUCAGGACUCUAAGUAACGCUCGCACAGUAUUUGUCAUCAUUUGCAUGACCUGCAUUGGAGUUGGGCUGUUCGUCAGCGUUGGUACGGUUUUACUAAGCAGAAAGAAGGACUCGUUCUUUCCAGAUGUCCCCGAUCCUCAGCACAGCAACAUUGUCAACAUAAGCAAGAAAACCACCGCAAAGCAAUGGGAAAAGGUCCCCACACUUCUUUUCCUACAAGAUGACUGUAGCUGGGAUGCUGUUGGUGUGGAAGUGAUAGAAAAUGGAGAAUCUCUGCAGUUGGGUUCAUCGACAAAGGAGAACAGUUCCCUAAGAAUGGAGGAGACCCCACUGCAUGACACAAAGCCAGAAUUGAGCACAGGGAUCAGGGCCAGAACUUCCAGUGGCACUUUCAACAUGGCAUCCAGCUCUAAAUCAUUUAAAGAUGCGCCACUACUAACUAAUCACUCUGCAAGCACAAUGACUGUGACCCAGAACUCUAAUGUGAAAACACAGGCGUUUUAUGACUAUAUUAGAGAGGUCCCAAGGACAGGCAUGCUAAUGUAUAAACAAGCGGAACAGAUACAGCUGGUCUCUAUGCAUCCAAUACCCUACAGCUGAGAUACUAUAGUUAUACAGUGCAGACUGUCUUUAAAUCAGCAUCAUAAUAAAAAAAGAUGAUGCUUGAUAAGCCAGAAUAUUUGUUUUAUAUACAUUUUAUGGCAGCAGUAUCCCAGACACCUCUAAGUCUAACAUCCCAAUAUAAAGAUGGUUCUCCUUUUGCUUCUAGAACAGCCUCUACUCUUCUGGGGAGGUUUCCAUUAGAUAUUGGAACAUUGUUCUUGGGAUUUGCUUCCAUUCAGCAAUAUGCACAUUAGUGAGGUUGGGCAUGGAGAUCAGGCCUGUCUCGCAAUUGCUAUUCCAAUUCAUCUCACAGGGGUUCAGUUGGGUUAAGGUAAGCUCUCUGUGCAGGCCACCGACGUUCUUCCACUUCCAUCUCUACAAACCAAUUCCGUAUUUGCUUUGGACAUUAUAGUGCUUAAAGAGGAAUGGGUCAACCCAAAUACAAAAAUCAAGAAUGUCACUGUAAGCUGUAGCAUUAAAAGGGAACUCCGGCUUCCAAUCAAAAUUUGUUAAAGAGCCCCACACAACAAAGAAACCCCUAAUAUCUGCUCCUUCAAAAAGUAUGAAUAAAUACUAUUUUUAUAUGC